CGCACGCUUUUUCUCCAACAUGAAAGCAGCACCAGCACCAUUUCCAUAAACCCCCGAAAACCCAGUUCAGUAUUUGCUCGCCCCUCCCCCCCCCCCGCCCGGGUCUCUCUUUCUCUCCAUGGGAAUGGAUUUUCAGGUGGUGGUAUUGGCAGGCGGCACUUCAAAGAAGCUGCUCCCUCUCGUCUCCAAGGAGGUGCCGAAAGCGCUACUUCCUGUGGCGAACCGACCAGUUCUGUCUUAUGUACUGGAGCUUUUGGAACAAAGUAAUCUCAAGGAUCUCAUUGUCGUAGUUGAAGGGGAAUAUGCAGCUCUUCUUGUUGGGGGUUGGAUUUCAAGCACUUAUGUUGAUCGCCUACAUGUUGAGGUAGCUGCAGUCCCUGAGGAUGUUGGGACCACCGGUGCUCUUCGGGCCAUUGCACACCACCUGACUGCAAAUGACAUCUUGGUUGUGAGUGGUGAUCUCAUUUGUGAUGUUCCCCCUGGGGCAGUGGCAGCUGCUCAUAGACGACAUGACGCAGUAGUAACUGCAAUGCUUUGCUCUGCUCCUAUCAGUGGGCCAUCGGAGUCAGGUUCCUCUAGUGGAAAAGACAAAGCUAAGAAACCAGGACGCCACAAUGUUAUAGGACUGGACCCCACAAAACAGUUUCUGUUGCAUAUAGCAGCUGGAGCUGAAGUUGAGAAAGAUAUUAGAAUUCAGAAGAGCAUCCUGCGAGCAGUAGGUGAGAUGGAAAUUCGUGCCGAUCUGAUGGAUGCUCAUUUUUAUGCUUUUAAGAGGUCUGUUCUGCAGGAAGUGCUUAAUCAAAAGGAAACUUUUCAAAGCUUAAAGCAGGAUGUAUUGCCUUAUCUAGUCAGAAGUCAGCUGCGGUCUGAGUUGUUGUUGAAUGGAGCACAAGCAGAAGAAAAUGGGAAUGAGAAGGAUGCUUCCCAGAACAAUAAAAUUAAGCUGUCUCAACUUCUGUCUAAUGCAUCUACUCCAAGUUUUCAUGAGCGCUACGCAUUGGGUCUCAAGGGGUCUGCUUCUGUUUCAAGAAAAACCCAUAAAUGCUGUGUGUAUAUUGCCAGCAAGAGCAAGUAUUGUGCACGUUUGAAUUCCAUUCAAGCUUUCAGCGACAUUAAUCGAGAUGUCACGGGAGACGCAAGUCACCUAUCAGGGUAUUCCUUCUCUGCACAGAACAAUAUAAUUCAUCCUUCAGCUGUGCUUGGAUCAAAAACUACAGUGGGGCCACAAUGCAUGCUGGGGGAAGGUUCACAAAUGGGUGACAAAUGCAGCGUAAAAAGAUCGGUUAUUGGCCGACAUUGCCGGAUUGGUUCCAAUGUAAAGGUUGUCAAUUCCGUUGUUAUGAACCAUGUUACUAUUGGAGAUGGUUGUUCCAUCCAAGGUUCUGUUAUUUGCAGUAAUGUACAACUCCAAGAGCGUGUUGUACUCAGGGACUGUCAGGUUGGAGCAAGUUUUGUGGUCACUAGCGGCAGUGAGUAUAAGGGGGAAUCCCUGGCGAGGAAAGAGAAACAAUGAAAUUUUUUGGUUAGGAUGUAGUUUUCUUGUUAGCUUUGAUGAGUGAAUUUGUUGCUCAUAGGAGAUUGUGCUUAGCCACUGUACUAUAAUUUCUGCAAUGUUGAGAGGGAGAGGGAGGGAGAUUAAAAUCAAUUUUGUCGGUUUUCUUCAUCCAGUUUGAAUUGUUUUAUUGUACAAUCCUCAACCUGAUAAAUGACAUUAGCAAUGGAAUUCAUGUGGUCUGAUAAAUUUUAGUUCCAA